UCCGCUAGUCCUGUGCAACAGCAGCCGGGCUGACCGACGCCUAUUCCCGGGGAACAAUCAUCGUAUUCUUCUUCAUUCCCAGAGAGGGAUGGAAGACAAAAGUAAUGGAUUGAGUGUAUAAAAAUAAGAGGCAACUGAACUGGAAUCACCAAGAUAAAAAAUAAAAAUAAUAAAAAAUAAAUACAAGGAAAGAAACUAUCAAGAAAGCUAGAAGUACAAGUUCGAUCGUCGGAUGUAUUCUCGACCAUUCCUGGUUUGAUCCUUCACAUUUCCAUUUCUGUUUUAAAAGACUUUUCGUAAAUAAUGAGGACAAGCGUCGGAGAUACUGAGGCCGGACCAUAAAGAAACAGACACGGACAUUGACUCAUCCGUACGGAAAGGCAACUUGGUUUCUCUUGUACGGCGCCAUUGGUACUCAAGAUAAGUUGUACUUGCCUGAAAACUGUGUUUUGUGCGUUUUAUUAACGCGUUUACUCAUCAUAACUACGAGGGACUUCUGAUUCGUACCUGCGUGGAACUUCUGACUGAACAUGGUGACAUGGCUGAGCGACUGGUUCUGGCAGGAGCGGCUUUGGUUCCCCGAGGGCCUGGGCUGGGCUGACCUCGAGGACCGGGACGGCCAGGUCUACGCCAAAACGGCUGACCUGUGGGUCACCAUCCCCCUGGCGCUCUGCUUCCUGCUCGUCCGGCAGGUCUUCGAGAGGACGGUGGCCACUCCUGUUGCUGCUCUCCUAGGCAUUAGAGAGACGGCGCGGCUUCGAGCCGAACCCAACCAUUCACUGGAGACCUACUUCUGUAACACAAGCAAACAUCCCACACAGAGUUCGAUAGAGAGCUUGAGCAAACAGACGGGCAGCUCGGUGCGUCAGGUCCAGAGAUGGUUCCGGCGUCGCCGGAAUCAGGACCGGCCCAGCCUGCUGAAGAAGUUCCGGGAGGCGAGCUGGAGAUUUACCUUUUACCUUCUUGCUUUCUUUGCUGGCCUGGCUGCUCUCAUCGAUAAACCCUGGCUCUAUGACUUGAAAGAAAUGUGGAAUGGAUUUCCCAUGCUGGCCCUGCUUCCCUCACAGUACUGGUACUACAUGCUCGAGCUGGGUUUCUACAUCUCUCUGCUGUUCAGCGUGGCCACGGACGUCAAGCGCAAAGACUUUAAGGAGCAGAUUGUUCACCAUCUGGCCACCAUCACGCUCAUCAGCUUCUCCUGGUGCGUCAAUUACAUCCGGGCCGGGACCCUCAUCAUGCUUGUGCACGACGCGUCGGACUACCUGCUGGAGUCAGCGAAGAUGUUUAACUACGCAGGCUGGAGAAAGACCUGCAACUACAUCUUCAUCCUCUUUGCUGCCGUCUUCAUCAUCACUCGCCUCGUUAUCUUCCCCUUCUGGAUCAUGCACUGUACCUGGGUGUACCCGGUGACCAUAUACCCCCCGUUCUUCGGGUACUACUUCUUCAACGGGCUGCUGUUUGUGCUGCAGUGCCUGCACAUCUUCUGGGCCAUGCUCAUCCUGCGCAUGGCCGUCAAGUUCCUGCCCGGAAACAAAAUAGUGGAGGAUGAGAGGAGUGACCGGGAUGAGACAGACGAGUCUGAGGAGGAGGAGGACCAGAAAGAGGGCAAGCCCACCAAAAACGGGCCCGUGCGGAACGGCCACCCCGCCCUAAACAACAACCACCGCAAGACGGAGUGACCCCGCCCGGGACAGGGGGGGAGUGGCAGGACCGCUGGAUGACCUCUCCCCUCUCACAGAGGGGAGGGGGAGGAGCCAUGCACACAGACACACCCACACCGAUGAACACUACACACAGACACGCCCACUGGCCACAGACCAACCACAAACGCCCAUCCACCAUCCUGCAGGGGUCCUUACUGGUAACUACGCAACACUAAAGCCCUCCUGCUUUUUCUGUCUGUGGAAGAGGGAGAGAGAGGGGGAUAGCAAUGCCAUUAGCAUAAUCUGAACUUUUAGUGCCUUUUAACAGUCAGGUUGUGUCCAAACAGUCCCUUCUUUUUCUCUCUCACUCUCUUGCUCUCCCCCCCUUUCUCUCUCCCCCCAGUCUUAUUCACUAACCCUAUCUGGCUGUGUGGUUCCACAUUGACUCCCCACACACUGUAUAAGACUUGAGAAUCAUGUCAACAUUGUGUCCGCAGUCAGCGUUCCCUUCCUGUGCGCCAAGCGCACCUUCUCUGUGAUUGGUCCUGAAGCACAUGCUCCGUGAUUGGUUGUGAAGCACGUGCUCCAUGAUUGGUUGUGAAGCAUGUGUUCCAUGAUUGGUCCUGAAGCUGACUGCUCAGUGCUGCGUUCUCAGGCCGAGUGCCUUUUUUUGUUGGUUUUUUUGUGUGGCAUAAACUGCCAUUUUGGCCGGGCUGAACUAUGUUCAGACCAUGGGGACAUGUGUGCCAGUGUUGGAUUGCCACCACAGAGAAGCAUACAGUACAGUAUCCUCAUAAAUACCCCCCCCCCCCCCCCCUCCUUGUGACUUGGUUCAGUCCAGAGGGGCUUUGCUGGUGUUGCCUCCCAUUCCUCAGUAGGUCAUUUACAGAACAGAAUGGAUUGUUCCACUGCUGUUUGUUGCACGGUGGCUUCUGUGCGCAUUUACAGCAUAGAGCUACUCUGAGACUGUACGCCAUUUUGGUUGAUCUUUCAUCUAACGUAGCACGUGCCAGUGGCGUUUAGCUUCUUCUUUUUCCUUUUUUGGUUAAAAUUCAAUUGGAAAAAAAAUCGGCCUGAUAAGAACUGUUUUAAAUAUGUCUCAAACAGAGAGAGCAGAAAACAAAAUAAGUUGUUGUUGCUCUCAUUGUGUAUACAUUUCUGUUUCCGUCCGUCUGUGUCUAAUAAAAAAAAUCUUUCCAGGAGCAGGAAUUGCGCAGAACUAAUUAAUUUUAUUUUUAAUAUAUUUCUUUGAGUUAUUUUCUAAUGAGAUAUGUUACUUUGGUUUUUAAUUUUUUUUUAAACUGAAGAACCAAAGUAACCCAGGCACCUAGAUUGACCGCAUUUCAAUCAUGCGUAGGCUACUACUAUUCUCCAAUGUCUUCGAAUUUAGUUUAAUUGAGUACAGAUGGGUUUUCUGUAGUCCAGUAUAGUACACCAUGCAGUAUUCUGAUUUAGUACAGUUGAUUUCUUUUACAGUAUUAUCCUGUUAAUAUUGCUAUUCUUGAAUGUGUUCAGUGGCUUUUAAUUGUGGGCCAAAAACUACACAAAAGUGAGUAUCUGCCAAGACUGAACUGGGUUUGGACUUUGGUGUUUUUGUGGAGGGAGAUCUGCUGAGUGAUUCCGUUUUUCUUUUUUUUCUUUUUUUGAAAUGCGGGUUUACAGUUUUAUUUAUGCUGAGCGUUUGAACCAAGGUCAGAUCCACUCGCUCAGCCAAGAUUUAAUGAAGAAGAAAAAAAAGGCCAAAAUGAGAUUUACGUUGUUUCAUUAGAAUUGUUUUUCGUAAGUGCCUUAUCCGUCAGUGUGGACCCUGUCUGUGUGUUUCUAACCUGUCCCUAAGUCUUCCCUUUCUGACAUCACUUCCUCGUUACUACUAAUUCUCAUUGGCCCUGCCAAACUCAGUCACCCAAUCACACGCUGUUCCGCUGUGGUCUGUCAUUCCAUUUUGCUCGUAAUCCUAACCAUGGCUGCCACACCCCCACCCACCCACCCCGCCCAUUUCCUCGUGUUCCAGAAAAAUACCGCAGCUCCCUUAUUGCAAUGUUUUAAUUUUGUAUUUUUUUUUGUUAUGAUGCCAAAAUAUAAGAUACAAAUUAUGAUUAUGAGAACCGUGUGCUGGUGUCUUUAUUCUGUGUGCUUCACUGUACGGAUGAUUUUGUUGUUGUAUAUCGUUUGGUCUGUAUUGGGCUUAGUGUGCAUGAAGGAUGAAUUAACAGUGGGCAGUGGAAGGGCUGAAACUCAAGAACUCUAACCACCAUGCUUGAGCACAUUACACCAAUGCUUUAUAAAUAAAAAGCUUCAUUUCUUAAAUGCAUACAGGUCUACUUUGAGAAUGCAAACAUACGCUAAAGCAACUCCAAACCCUCUCGGGGCGAAUAGCCAUUAACAUGGAAACCGUUCAGCUGGGUUGCCAGAUGUAUUCAGACAGAACUUGGGGGCAAUCACAUCUUGGAAGUUUUUAGGUCUGUAAAUAUCGCCGGAUGUAUUUCUUGGAAACGAAGGGAUUACAUUGUAUAACAGAAAGCCAACCCUAUUCCCACUGAGCCCUAAGUGAAUGUUUGGGCAUGCACCCAACCGGAAUCAGGAGAUUUUAUUAAUCUUCACUCUUUCUCAAUGGAACUGACUUGUGAUGCCAGUUGGUGGAGUAAGAAAUGUGCAUGUGCAUGCAUUGCAGUUAAUCUACCUUUGAACAUGACAUCAUUGGAAUGUUAUAUCUAUUGCAUUGUAGAUCAUACCAAGGAAAAGUGCUAUAGUUUCAGAAAGAGAUGCAAGCUAGGAUUCUUUCAAUGUAUUAUUUCCUUACUCGCAAUAAAAAGCAAUGUUUUUUU